GCCCACGCCCUCGGCCAGGCAAGAUGCCGCUGGGGCUGCGGGGAAAGAAGAAGGCUAAGUCCAAGGAGACCGCUCGGCUGGUGGAGGGCGAGCAGACGGGCGCGGGCGUCGGGAGCCUCCCAGAUCCCCCGGUUCCCGCACGCAGGCUGGUCUUCCACACGCAGCUGGCGCACGGCAGCGCCACGGGCCGGGUGGAGGAUUUCUCCAGCAUCCGUGAGCUCUACGAGAAGAUCGCCGGCGUGUUUGAGAUCUCGCCGUCGGAGAUCUUAUAUUGUACUUUAAACACACCUAAAAUUGACAUGGAAAAACUCCUAGGAGGGCAAUUAGGUCUUGAAGAUUUUAUAUUUGCCCAUGUGAAAGGACUAAAAAAAGAAGUGAAUGUGUAUAAAUCUGAGGAUUCACUUGGACUCACCAUUACAGAUAAUGGUGUUGGCUAUGCUUUUAUCAAGAGAAUUAAAGAUGGUAGCAUUAUUGACUCAGUUAAAACAAUCUGUGUGGGGGAUCAUAUUGAAUCCAUAAAUGGAGAAAAUAUCGUUGGGUGGCGUCACUAUGAAGUUGCUAAGAAGUUAAAGGAAUUAAAAAAAGAGGAACUCUUUACCUUGAAGUUAAUAGAACCCAAGAAGGCAUUUGAGAUAGAACCAAGAUCAAAAGCUGGAAAGUCUUCAGCAGACAAAAUUGGAACUGCAAGAGGAACCCUUCGUCUGAGAUCUAACGGUCCUGCCACCAUGGAAGAAAUGCCCUCUGAAACCAAAGCAAAGGCAAUCGAAAAGGUUGAUGAUCUUCUUGAACUGUACAUGGGAAUUCGAGAUAUUGAUUUAGCCACCACAAUGUUUGAAGCUGGAAAGGACAAAAAUAAUCCAGAUGAAUUUGCCACGGCACUUGAUGAAACUCUUGGAGACUUUGCAUUCCCAGAUGAAUUUGUCUUUGAUGUUUGGGGAGCCAUUGGUGAUGCUAAACAAGGAGGAUUUUGAUGUGGAUGAUCUAUCUCUGAAGAAAUGAACUAUUGUUCUUAAAAAAAAAUCUGUAUAAGAAUUCUUUUAGACAUCUUCAUGAA